AUGUCGCGCCUAUCGGCUUGCUUAUUUGAGUGGGAUGCAGCUGAUUUAGCUCUGUUGUGCGAGGCUAAAAAACAACAGCUUCAGUCCCGGGGCUUGUCUCUCCCUGCAGAUGGCGACAUCCGCAAAUACCUUUCGAGGGAGGAGCUGGCUCUCCACUGCUGGAGGAGGACCCGUGGCGAGGAGACCACUGUUCAGCUGCUGGAGGAGCUGCUCCGGCUGUUCAUGGGAAGCAGUGGCAACGACUCCCUUGGAGUUCCCCUGUUCGACAGUGAGAGGAUGGAGCACAUCUGGAGGGUCCAGAACAAGCAUGUUAAGUGCAUCCAGGACCUUCCAGGUGUUGCCCUCUACACCAAGACAGGGGAGCUCACAAAGGGAGGAGUGCACCUUCCCAUCUACAGAUGUGCCAGAGGCUCGACAUCAUUGGAGUCUUUUCACCUCCACUUAAACCGCUUCAUACCAGGGACCAGUGCCAACAGUGUGAACUUCCAGAUUUACCUGUUGGAAGGACUGCACAGGUGGAACCAGGACCGUGGUGCUGCAGCCCUAUCCUCUGGACCAUCUCCCCUACGCAGCUAUUCUGGUGACCUGCUUCACUGCGUGAACAAAAAUUACCAGAAGCUGUUUGGCAGGAAGGUGGCACCACAGUUCUGCCCACCCUCCCGUUACACUGGAGAGCUCAUCGGGGUGCAGUAUCUGUUCCGGCAGACUGGUCAGGCCCUGCAGGAUAUGCACCCUGAUUCAGAGGAGACGGCUCAGCUCAUCGAGCAGCAUGAUGUGGAGGACCAAAUAGAAGAAGAUGAGGGAUUUUCUGAUGUCUCAGAGGAUCCCACUGUGCUGGAGGUUUCUCAUGCUCAAGCCUCUCCAACUCAAGGUCCCUCCACUGUCCCAUCUGGUUUGGCCUCCAGCGUCUCCUCCACAGCUCCCGGUCCAUCCACCCUGGCUCACGGUCCAUACACCCUGGCUCCCUCUUCUUCAUUUUCUGUAGCUGGAGUUGAUAUUCAAGCUGAAGAUGAAGAUAUGGCUGUUGAUGAACAGAAUAUCCCUGGCUACCAGCACGUGGACAGCCUUGCAGAGUACUUGGUGGAGCUUCGGCAUAUGACCUCCCUGUGUCUCAGCAACCAGCAGGCAGACACAAUAAUUUCACUGUGGCAGGCUCUGGAUGAUGGUGACAAGCAGCGGGUGGUUUAUGAAGCUCGCCAUCGGGACAGACUUUUGAGUGGCCGGUUUAGGACGCCAAAGAAGCCCUCAAAGACACCCGGUGUGGAGAGUGCCAUCCGUUGCACAUUAGGUGCAAGUAGUGCCUCUGCCCAGUGGCCUGACUGCAGUCGGUUGGUGCAGAACAUUUUUAUAAGACUGUGUGAUCUGUAUCCAAGCCCACUGAGGAAAGGCAAGAUCACUGAUUCAAGGUGGUCCUUAAUUCUGAGGGACUACCGAAAAAUCAGACAGCUUGUGGUUGGGAAUGCGCUGGUGAUGCAGGGGACAGACAUACAGUUGUUUGAGGUCAAUCAGAACACCCUCAUCCAGUGGCACAACAGCAAGAGCAAGAGGGAGGGGCUCGCUGUGCUGCUCCAGGGUACUGCAUUGCCUCCAGCCCUCCCUGUGUCUGCACAUCCUCUUCAGGAGGCCAGAGUACUCCUGGAUGAACCCAUGCAGGCAAAGGAGGAACAUCUGUACCGGCUGCCAACAAGUACAGCAGGCCAGGCACAACAGAGGCAGGCAGCAGUUGGUCAGCGCCCACGUCCCAUCUUGCCAAGGGGACCGGUGAUGAGGCAGUUGGUGGCUACAUUCCCAGCACCAGGACCGUUUCUUGGACCACAGGUUGUCACACCAGCUGGAGUGGUUCAGUUAGUCGUUCCUACCAACCCACAACCCACUUCACCUGCCACAAUAGAAACCGGGGCCACCCUAAAGAGGCCGUAUAGACGAACUGUCGAGGCAAACACAUGCAAGAAGUGUGGGCAGUUCCGAACUGCUGAGACUGGACACAGUCAGUGGCGUGGCAGGGUGUAUUGUCCAGUUAAGGAAUCACAGCCAAAGGACCAAUGGCUGGAGGAAAUGAGGAGAAAGUUUUGUAAAUAGUAAUAUUGAUAAUAAUGUAAAAUGUUUUGUAAAUAGUUCAUUGUAAAUAAUAGUUGUAUUGUAAAUUGUUUAAAAAAUUGUUUAUAAAAGUAUUGAUAUUUUAUCUUGUUUAAUGUAAAAUAUGAAAAAAGAUUUGUAUUUGAAGUUUUUGUGUUCUGCUAUAAUUAUAUGAUUCGUGUUCCGUUUUAACCACAUUGUUCAAAAGUCUGUCUUUGAUUCUGCUUCUGUAAAGAAGUAAAACUGGUUUAAAGCAAUUUACAACCAGUGUUUUUAAUGGGCCUUUGUU